AUGCCCAACACCAUAACCGUAUCCCUCCCCCAGAUCGCCAAAAUGAUCGAUUACUCCCUCCUCCACCCCACCCUAACCGACGCCGACGUCCUCUCAGGCCUCCAAACCGCCCGCGACACCCAUGUCGCAACAGCCUGCAUAAAACCCUACCACAUCCCGCUCGCGCGACAAGAACUCGACGGCACUGACGUCCUCAUCUGUCCUGUGAUCGGUUUCCCGCAUGGCAACAGCACAACUGAGAUUAAAGUUGCCGAGGCCACUGCGGCGGCAAGGGAUGGUGGUGCUGAGAUCGAUAUGGUUGUGAAUGUGGGCAAGGUGUUGAGCGGGAAUUGGGGGUAUGUGCGGGGUGAGAUUGAGCAGAUUAACAAGGCUGUUGUGGACAACGGGGCGACUCUCAAGGUUAUUUUUGAAAACGACUACCUGAAACCAGAACAUAUCAUCCAGCUAUGCAAGAUAUGCACAGAAGUGGGCGUUGCAUUUGUCAAGACAUCCACGGGGUAUGGUUUCGUGAAGCAGGCGGAUGGAAGCUAUAACUACAAGGGUGCUACUGUUGAGCAUUUGAAGCUGAUGAAGGAGAAUGUUGGGGAUGGUGUGCAGAUCAAGGCAGCUGGAGGUGUUCGGACGUUGGAUGAUUUGCUGCAUGUAAUGAGUUUGGGGGUUAGCCGGGUGGGUGCGUCGGCGACUGUAGCUAUUUUGGAGGAGGCAAAGAAGAGGGGGAUUGGGAAUGAGCCGGUUGAGGUUUCGUUUAAGCCAAUGGGGGAGUGA